AUGUCUCAACGGGAAAUCGAGCAGCUAAGGCGUGAGCUUAAACGAGAGCGGCGCGAGAAGGAGGAGGCAAAGGCACGGGAAGAGGAGGCAAAGGCACGGGAAGAGCAAGAGCGGCGCAAAACACAGAAGACAACACUGCCUGAAUAUCUGUACAACUGCCACUUCGACCUUUACGAGAAGCUCGAGCUUGCCGGCAAGCCUAAAUCUUCGACGGGAUAUACGAAAGUUGAGGGGAAAUGUUAUCCCAAGUGGCUUCGGCCGUGGGACGAGUUCACGAACACUCAGCACCAACGACUUUUUGAGCAGAUAUGGACUAUCUGUGGUGAAAGACGCCUCUUUCAUCAACAAAGUACGACCGACGACCUGGGCAGAUCUAUAAUUCGCAAGAUAGCAGGCAACGAGAACGCAAUUGACUACUUUGAGAAGCUUGUAGUAGAGGAUCCUACUUGGGAAAUUCUCAGCCCUUUUUUGAACGAAGAUAUGCGCCGGAUAUACGGAGCUACUAGCCUGCGAUUCAGCAACAACAUCCGCGACUUCACGCAUUCGAGCGACAGCAGCCAUCUUGGAGACGAUGCGAUCGAGGAAAGACAGCCGAGACGGCGUCGCACAGGGCCGAACAAACGAGUCGCGUCCGAGCAAAGAGUCAAGCCUUCGUUUGCGAAGCCGGACGGAGGUGGUAUCCGUACGUACCUCGACGGGAACGAGACCCUUGCUUUUGUCUCCGACUACAAGGCAGCCCACAAGGUGGCAGUAAGGCAUGUCAAGGCGACUGUCGCGAAGGAGAAACUGUUUAUGGAGGUCACCCAGCGUAUCAAUGGCGAUAAAUCGAAGAACAACGUGCAGCUGCGGGAGCAAGAGGAUGCAGAAGCAUUGAUAGCCAUGGCGUUGACGCAGGUGUUCGACUAUAUGAUCCGGUACGGAGUUGCCUAUGGCUACGUAGCUGCCGGCAAGUGCUUGCUGUUUCUUCACGUCGACCGAUCUGACCUGCAAACGUUGUACUGCCGUCCAUGCGUGCCAGGCGAAGAUGUGGGGGAGGCAUCAGCGGGACCUUGGGAAACCCGUGCAUGCUACACCGCAGUAGCCCAACUGACCAGCUUCUGCCUGUUGAGCCUCCGACUCGAAGCUCUUCAGGGAGCCCGGCUCGAUUCAGCGUUGCAGAUAGCCGAGGCAACACUGAGAAAAUGGAGGGAGCCGUACGAGGGCGCGGCGGGUCUGCUGGAUGCAGUCGACAUGGCUUCACACCCUGCCUCCUUAUCCCCAACAACGGAAGGCUCGGAAUUCAAGUCUAGUGCACGACCCGCCAGCCGAGAUUUCUCGUUCCGGUCGAGGUCGUCCUGCCGUGGACCGCCAGUCUUCGACAGGAAGGAUGAUGAUGAGGAGGACGGCGAUGAUGGGCCCUACGGCGACCCGUUUGGGCCCCCAAUGCGGACGGAGACGGGCAAGCGGAAAGGAGGGCCCCCGAGCGGCAGCUCAGGGGAGGAGGAUGUUGAUGUGGCAGAGCCGGCCCCGUCCAAACAGUACUGCACACAGGCUUGUCUCCUGGGGCUCAAAAAGCGCUGGGAUCUCGACUACUAUUGCCCCAACGUUUUCUGGCAUCGCUCUGCAGGUUGCCGACACCAUCCCAUCGAUGCCGACAAGUUUACGCGUCUGGUGGCUAAGCAACUAGAGAACCCCUACCGAUAUUGCGAGGCCUUGAAUAGCUGGGGCAAGGCGGGGUCGACAGGCGUUCUCUUCAAGGUGGAGCUGGUGCCGUAUGGGUACACAUUGGUCUGCAAGGGAACGGUGUCGGGUCAUUUACAAACCCUCGAACACGAGAGCCGCAUCUAUGCACACCUUGAUGAGCUUCAGGGUGACUUUGUUCCCGUACAUCUAGGACUAGUCCAUCUGAAUUGGGGCUACAUUCUCCCCGGCGGAGCCCGGGUUGUCGACAUGAUGCUUAUGUCGUGGGGAGGGGACACGGUGAAGAGCGCCAAACUCGGCGAGGUAGACCUCGAGAAGGAAGUACGACGUGCCUCGCAAGCUAUAUGGGCUAGAGGCGUGGUUCAUGGCGAUGAGCACGACAACAACCGACUUUGGAAUAAUCAAUGCGGGCGCGUGAUGCUUGUUGACUUUGACCACGCGAAGCUUUGGCGGACGCCCAAGCACAAGCGACUUGUGGAGCUGUCUGGGAAUGAGAGAAAACGCAAACGAAAUGGUUCUCGGCACCACGAGCUGAAGGGUGGCCUCUUGCGAAACCAACAGCAGUGCGUGUAG